AUGGAUAUUUUCGCAACGAGCCAUUGGAUUAAUCCACACGUUUGCGUUUGUUUACGACAGAAAACACAGAGCUGGUUUGCUAUGGAUACGGGAGUAAUACGAACAAUGGAUGUCGAAACGGCUGUGACCGAUUUCAGUUCGCUGAUGCUUAAUCGGACCUCGUUGAAUGCAUUAUCUAAAGCGGGUUUCACCAAACCAUCUCCGGUGCAAGUACAAGCAAUCCCACCUGGCAUGCUUGGCUUUGAUUUGCUGGUGCAAGCAAAAUCCGGAACUGGAAAAACAAUGGUCUUUUCAUUGCUGGCUGUAGAAAAUUUGAAUGCACAGUUUGGACGUCCACAAGUAUUAAUCGUAGCUCCAACUCGUGAAAUUGUUUCUCAGAUAGUGUCUUACAUCAGAAUGCUUGCUCCUUCUGUAAUCCAUGUGGGGAUGUUUGUUGGUGGAAAUGAGAGGGGUGUUGCGGAAGAUAUUCAAAAACUCAAAAAAAGUAUUCACAUUGUUGUUGGAACGGUAGGCCGCCUCUGUCAUCUUGUUCGAAUCAACGCGUUGCGGAUGUCCUACAUACGGUUGUUUGUUCUGGAUGAAGCUGACAAGCUUAUGGAAGAUAGUUUUCAGAAAGAAAUCAAUUACUUGUUCUCAGCAAUGCCACCGGAAAAGCAAGUAGCUGUGUUCUCGGCUACUUAUCCGCAUCGACUAGAUGCAACUCUUAAACGCUACAUGAGAGAUAUACAUUUGGUACGUGUGGACAGAGAUGCACAAUUACUUGGUGUUAAACAAUAUGUGAUUGUUGCCCGCAAUGGAACUAAGAAAAUGGAUAUUCUGCUACGUUUACUGCUUCGCCUUCGUUAUGGCCAAUAUUUACAACAGGCGAGAUUUGAUGCGGUUUGCAUUUCUGGCAACAUGCCACAGUCUAACCGUACAAAAGCGAUACGACAACUCAAAAACUGCGCUGUCAAACUACUUGUUUCAACGGAUCUUACAGCACGAGGAAUUGAUGCUCCAGGCGUCAAUAUUGUGGUCAACUAUGGAAGUCCAUUUGUGUUAGCCACCUAUUUGCAUCGAAUUGGGCGUGCGGGACGUUUUGGUACACAGGGUGCCGCAUUCACAAUUAUCAAUAGCGAUAAAGAGCUGAAGUUGUUCAGUGAUUUUGCUGUUGAGGGAAAACUUCGAAUUAAACUGUUACGAGCCAGAAACAAUUGGCCUAGCAGUCUCAUCUAUGACGAUGAAUUUUUUAACCGUUCUGAAGACUUCUGUCCCUACACAACAAAGAAUUGGCAUAGUCAAAAAAGCAGCAGUGAUGGGGAGAGUGAGGAAAACGAAUACGAAUUUCCGCAGAUUGCUUUAAACAAUGUACUGGAAUAUGAAGAAGAAAUGUUUAAGUCUUAUGAAGGCAAGAUCGCGUUAUAUCAGAAAUCAGAGAAGCGUGUCUAUUCCAACCAAGAUUUUUACAACAUAUAUAGGGAUAUGAAUAACAGUGAAAUCUCUGACACACUUUUGAAGAAAUUAGAUGCGUUGAAGAUUCGAUCACCGUGUGAUUUGAACUUGACGCGAAAAAAUACUCUGAUCACAUUACGCAUGGGCAUUAUAAAUAAAAGCAGUCAGGACAUAAAUGCUUUCACUCACGAAAAACUUUACUUGUGUAACGAACCAGAUUUGACAGAUAUGCACGUUGGUGUGCCAAAGCGUUAUGGGAAUUAUAAGAAGAGAAGAUAUUUGAGGAAUCAAAUUCUCGCUAUUCGAAAUACAUUGUCUGAUGAGGAAUGGUUACGAUAUGCCAAGCUUCGUUUCGGUGAAGCUGUGCAAUAUGAACCAUUUUUGUUUGAUGAA